AAAAAUGGAGGGCGAAAUAGUAAAGUAAAAUUCAUCUCCUGCGCUCGCUGGACGGCUUUUCCGAAUUUCCUCUCAGUCCACCACUUUCUCUCUCUAAAAAAUUACGCAUUUAUCUCUCUCUAGAUCACUGCACUCCCUCUUUAUCGAUUCUGCUUCAACUCAUACUCAGAUCUCCAUCGAAGAUCUCUCUGUAUCUUCCUCUUCGAUCUCAUUAUCUUAUCGCUGUGUUUCUGGUUGCGGAAAGUGAAAGGAUUUGGUAAUUCGGAGCUGGAAGAGAAGGUAGGCGUGCCUCUCUUGCUGGAUCUGAGAGAAAAUGGCUCUUUCAAGCAUGAGAGGUCUCUCUGUGUUUAUCAGCGACGUUCGCAAUUGCCCAAAUAAAGAGCAGGAGAGGCUUCGCGUUGAUAAGGAGCUCGGCAACAUCCGCACUCGCUUCAAAAAUGAAAAGGGUUUGACUCCUUAUGAGAAGAAGAAAUAUGUUUGGAAAAUGCUUUAUAUUUAUAUGCUGGGUUAUGAUGUGGAUUUUGGUCACAUGGAAGCUGUUUCGUUAAUAUCUGCACCAAAAUACCCAGAAAAGCAGGUUGGGUACAUAGUGACAUCAUGUUUGCUUAAUGAGAACCACGAUUUUCUGAGAUUAGCAAUAAAUACUGUACGCAAUGAUAUUAUCGGUCGGAAUGAAACUUUUCAGUGCCUGGCAUUGACUAUGGUUGGGAAUAUUGGUGGGAGAGAAUUUGCUGAAUCGUUAGCAGCAGAUGUUCAAAAGUUGCUCAUUUCUAGUAGCUACAGACCACUUGUUAGAAAAAAAGCUGCAUUAUGUCUGCUGCGCUUGUAUAGAAAAAAUCCUGAUGUUGUCAACAUAGAUGGCUGGGCGGAUCGGAUGGCUCAACUGUUAGAUGAACGUGAUCUUGGUGUUUUGACAUCUUCUAUGAGCCUUCUUGUUGCUUUAGUAUCAAAUAACCAUGAAGCGUAUUGGAGUUGUCUACCAAAGUGUGUCAGGGUAUUGGAACGACUUGCUAGGAAUCAAGAUAUUCCACAAGAAUACACUUAUUAUGGAAUCCCAUCUCCUUGGCUUCAGGUUAAGACAAUGAGGGCUCUUCAGUAUUUCCCAACUAUUGAAGAUCCUAAUACUAGAAGAUCAUUGUUUGAGGUCUUACAGCGGAUAUUGAUGGGAACUGAUGUUGUAAAAAAUGUAAAUAAGAACAAUGCAGCACAUGCUGUUCUCUUUGAAGCCCUUGCUCUUGUCAUGCAUCUUGAUGCUGAAAAGGAGAUGAUGUCUCAAUGUGUUGCGCUUCUUGGAAAAUUUAUUUCUGUGCGUGAACCAAAUAUCCGAUAUCUUGGCUUGGAGAAUAUGACUCGGAUGUUGAUGGUUGCAGAGGUGCAAGAUAUUAUUAAAAGACACCAGGCUCAGAUCAUCACAUCACUGAAAGAUCCUGAUAUCAGUAUUCGUCGGCGUGCUCUUGAUUUACUCUAUGGUAUGUGUGAUGUUUCAAAUGCAAAGGACAUAGUGGAAGAACUGUUGCAGUAUCUAAGCACAGCAGAUUUUGCAAUGCGAGAAGAAUUAUCUCUUAAAGCUGCUAUUCUUGCAGAAAAGUUUGCCCCCGACUUGUCUUGGUACGUGGAUGUGAUCCUACAGUUGAUUGACAAGGCAGGAGAUUUUGUUAGUGAUGAUAUAUGGUUUCGUGUUGUGCAGUUUGUUACAAACAAUGAAGAUCUACAGCCUUAUGCAGCAGCAAAAGCCAGAGAGUAUCUUGACAAGCCUGCUAUACAUGAGACAAUGGUCAAGGUCAGUUCUUAUCUCCUUGGAGAGUUCAGCCACCUUCUGGCUAGGCGGCCAGGGUCUAGUCCAAAGGAAAUAUUUAACAUAAUACACGAGAAGCUUCCUACUGUAUCAACAUCUACCAUUCCAAUUCUUCUUUCAACAUAUGCUAAGAUCUUGAUGCAUACUCAACCUCCUGAUCCAGAAUUGCAAAACCAAAUCUGGGCAAUAUUUAACAAAUAUGAGAGUUGCAUUGAUGCUGAAAUACAACAACGAGCAGUAGAGUAUUUUGCAUUAAGUAGGAAAGGUGCAGCUCUAAUGGACAUAUUGGCUGAAAUGCCUAAAUUCCCAGAGCGUCAGUCUGCAUUGAUUAAAAAAGCUGAAGAUGCUGAAAUUGAUACUGCAGAGCAAAGUGCUAUUAAGCUGCGGGCACAGCAACAAACUUCAAAUGCUUUGGUUGUGACUGACCAGUGCUAUGCUAAUGGGCCAUCACCAAUUGUUCCAGCUGUUGGCCCACUUACUCUUGUCAAGGUUCCCAGCAUGAGUGGCAGUGAAGAGCAUACUGCAGUGGACCAAGCACUGACCCAGUCAAAUGGGACUUUGACUAAAGUAGAUUCUCAACCUCCCUCAGAUCUUCUUGGUGAUCUUUUGGGACCAUUGGCUAUUGAAGGUCCUCCUGGAGCUGCUGUUCAAUCUGAGCAUAGUGCAGUCACUGAAGUGGAAGGUGCCCCAAGUGCAGUGGAUGUUGCAGCUAUUGUACCAGUUGGAGAACAGACAAAUUCUGUUCAGCCUAUAGGAAAUAUCAAUGAAAGAUUUAAUGCCUUAUGCUUGAAAGAUAGUGGAGUCCUCUAUGAGGAUCCAUACAUUCAGAUUGGUAUCAAAGCAGAGUGGCAGGCACAACAUGGGCGCCUUGUUCUUUUCCUUGGAAACAAAAAUACUUCUCCUCUUGAUUCUGUUCAAGCUCUAAUAUUGCCUCCUGCCCAUCUAAAAAUGGAGCUUUCAUUAGUACCUGAAAUUAUUCCUCCACGGGCACAGGUACAAUGUCCACUUGAAGUCUUGAAUCUUCACCCAAGUAGGGAUGUUGCUGUUCUUGACUUCUCCUACAAGUUUGGUACCAACAUGGUCAAUGUGAAGCUUCGCCUUCCAGCAGUUCUGAACAAAUUUCUUCAGCCUAUGCCAGUGUCUGCAGAAGAGUUUUUUCCUCAGUGGAGAUCACUUUCAGGGCCACCUCUGAAGCUUCAAGAAGUAGUUAGAGGUGUAAGACCACUGCCUCUUGAGGAAAUGGCAAAUCUAUUUAACAGUUUUCGGUUGAUGAUUUGUCCAGGGCUUGAUCCAAAUCCUAAUAACCUGGUUGCAAGUGCAACCUUCUACUCAGAGAGCACAAGGGCAAUGCUUUGCUUGAUAAGAAUUGAAACUGAUCCGGCUGAUAGAACACAGUUGAGAAUGACAGUUGCCUCAGGGGACCCUGCGCUAACUUUUGAGCUGAAGGAGUUCAUCAAGGAACAAUUGGUUAGCAUUCCUACAGCUCCACGUGGACCUACAACAGCACCGCCUGCACCUCCGGUAGUGCAACCAACUAGUCCUGCGAUGGCUUUGACAGAUCCCGGAGCCAUGUUGGCUGGUCUGUUGUAAUGAUAUGGAGGUUAUUGAUGUGUGAAGAUUUGUUCAAUAUACACUUGUAAACGUGAUUUAUACAGCUGGCCCACCCAUCUGUCCCUCGAGUCGAGAGGUGAAUCGGUAAAUUCAUGUUGCGAGGGCUGGCGGAAUGAAGGGUGAGCUAAAUUGUGGUCGGCAUAAUUUGUGGGAUUGCGAAGGGGUUGGUCAGGAUUUUGAGAGAUUCUUUUGCACAAUUGUAAUGUGCUUAGUGAGGUUCAUUUUCUUUUCUUAAUCAAAUUGGGGUGAUGGUUUUUUCUUUCUUUUUUCUCCCUUCAUUUUUGUCUUGUUUUAUUUUAAUCUUUACCAGUUUUACUGGAUUGGUUUCUGUACUACGAAAUCUGACCGCAUUGUAAGAUAUUUACAUGAAGUAGAAUGAGUUGUAAUAGUUUGUAUUUGAUUGUCAGUGCAUAUUUAUAUUUUUAAUAAGAGUAUAGGGGAAUUCAAAAUUA